AAUUCAGGAAGACUUGACUUCAUAACGGAGGGGUUGGGGAAAGGUGGGGUCGGGCUCCGGGAGCCCCAGCAGGCGUUCCCACCCCGCGGCAACCCCGCCCAGAUCUGGCCGAGCCGUGGGCGAACCCGGGCGGGUAGAGAGGCGGGGAGAAGCUGCGGGGUUGAAGGCGGGGCGGGCGGCUGCCAAGCCCGCCAAUAGGCGGCUCUCCAGCGGCUGAGCCGAGAGAGGGCAGGGGCGCCGCCACUAGCACCGCCGCCUCCCAAGUUUCCCCUUGUGGAUGCACAGCCCCGGUGGCUCCGCUCCUCCUGGCGCAGCGGGGCCCGAAGAGGCCGGAGGAGCGGACUCGGGACGGGACUUGUGAGGAAGGGGAGAGGACGGGCGCCCCACCCCACCCCAGCUCUGGGGGGUCGGUGAACGAUGAAGGGCCGGCGGCGGCGGCGCCGGGAGUACUGCAAGUUCGCGCUGCUGUUGGUGCUGUACACGCUGGUGCUGCUGCUCGUCCCCUCCGUACUGGACGGCGGCCGCGACGGGGACAAGGACGCCGGGCACUGCCGGGGCCUGCAGCGCAGCCUGGGAGUGUGGAGCCUGGAGGCAGCGGCGGCGGGGGAGCGCGAGCAGGGCGCGGAGGCGCGGGCCGCCGCUGAGGGGGGCGCGGGCCAGUCCCCCAGGUCCCCGGGCAACCUCAGCGGCGCCGUCGGGGAGGCGGUGUCUCGCGAGAAGCAGCACAUCUAUGUGCAUGCCACCUGGCGCACUGGCUCGUCGUUCCUGGGCGAGCUCUUUAAUCAGCACCCGGACGUUUUCUACUUGUACGAACCCAUGUGGCAUCUAUGGCAGGCGCUGUAUCCGGGCGACGCCGAGAGCCUGCAGGGCGCGCUGCGCGACAUGCUGCGCUCGCUCUUCCGCUGCGACUUCUCGGUGCUGCGGCUGUACGCGCCGCCGGGGGACCCCGCCGCGCGCGCCUCGGAUGCAGCCAAUCUCACCACGGCCGCCCUCUUUCGCUGGCGGACCAACAAGGUCAUCUGCUCGCCACCGCUGUGCCCUGGCGCGCCCCGUGCCCGCGCCGAGGUAGGCCUCGUCGAGGACGCCGCCUGCGAGCGCAGCUGCCCACCAGUGGCUCUGCGCGCCCUGGAGGCUGAGUGCCGCAAGUACCCGGUGGUGGUCAUCAAGGACGUGCGCCUCCUCGACCUGGGCGUGCUGGUGCCCCUGCUGCGUGACCCCGGCCUCAACCUGAAGGUGGUGCAGCUUUUCCGCGACCCGCGGGCUGUGCACAACUCGCGCCUCAAGUCUAGGCAGGGGCUGCUGCGCGAGAGCAUCCAGGUGCUGCGCACCCGCCAGAGGGGCGACCGCUUCCACCGGGUGCUGCUGGCGCACGGCGUGGGCGCCCGCCCCGGGGGCCCGUCCCGCGCGCUGCCCGCCGCGCCGCGCGCCGACUUCUUCCUGACCGGUGCGCUCGAGGUGAUCUGCGAAGCCUGGCUGCGCGACCUGCUCUUCGCGCGCGGCGCGCCCGCCUGGCUGCGGCGCCGCUACCUGAGGCUGCGCUACGAGGACCUGGUGCGGCAGCCGCGCACCCAGCUGCGCCGCCUGCUGCGUUUCGCCGGGCUGCGCGCGCUCGCCGCGCUCGACGCCUUCGCGCUCAACAUGACGCGCGGCGCGGCCUACGGCGCCGACCGGCCCUUCCACUUGUCGGCGCGGGACGCCCGCGAGGCCGUGCACGCCUGGCGCGAGCGCCUGAGCCGAGAGCAGGUGCGCCAGGUGGAAGCCGCCUGUGCGCCAGCCAUGCGUCUGCUGUCCUAUCCUCGCAGCGGAGAGGAGGGCGACGCCGAGCCGCCAGUGGACGAGGAGACGCCACUGGAGAUGGAGGCCGACGGCGCCACGUAGCCCCGACCCGCGCGCGACCCCGGGGCGGAUCCGGGUGAGUCAGCAUGAACUGGGGCACUCAGCAUGUCGCCCCAGCACUGGAGAAGCCACGCUGUGGAUGCAGUCUGUCACACUGUCAGAGACUGGGACUUGAUUUGGUACCACCUAUUGUGCAGUUCUGUGGGACAGGAAUAUCGUGAGUUGUUAAAGAAUGACCAACACAUUGGUUGAAAUGAAGUCUCCAGUAAGGAAGUGACAGUGCAACGUGGAUCAUUAUGGCCAUAAAGUAGGAAGAGCUUUAGUUCCCAGCCUGAACCUGCCUCUGCUGGAGCCAUUUCAACAAGGCAUCCUCAGAACAGAAACGUGAUUUGGUACCAUUUCCCAUCAGCGGGUGUCUGGACAAAACAUCAAUGUGAAUAAGGGCCAAGUGUGGUCCUGUGUAUCUUGAUUAAAUUACUUAAUAUUAAAUAAAAGGUCUGGGUGGUAUUGUUUUAAACCUGACUCAUCCAGCUCUUCUUCAAAUAGCUCUCUCCCACCCUCCAUUCCUGAGCUGAUUUUUUUUUGGGGGGUGAGGAAGAUUGGCCCUGAGCUAACA